AUGGAACCCGCUGCUUCCUCUCCCUCUUCCCCUGCUGCUGCUACAUCCUCUCCGGCUCUCGUCUCUCCGACUGCCACUUCUUCCGCCGGCCGCGCUCCCGAUCCGUUUCCUGAAUUCGACGAUGAAAAACGCCGUAAGCUCAUUCAGGAGAUAAAGAAAGCCCUCGAGGACCCAGAAGAGACAGGGAAACUCACCCCCAUGUUCGUUGACCCUGGAAAAAACGCAUGUUUCUGGCUUGCGGAGUACGAGUACCUUGAGAGAUGGUUUGCCAAAUAUAUCAGGGGUCAGCAAUUUUACGAGGCCGAAGUACACGUCCAGCCAGAUGCGAGACUGAUGAAAUCUCUGCGUAUUUGGCUGACCAAGGAAGUCCAGGGUCAGGAUACGCGAAAACGCAAGUUCUCUGACGGGUCCCAAAGAUCAAGCAGCCCAACCGAAAUCCCCCGCCUUGCUAGAAGUGCCGACAAUGUUCCUCUGGCGAUCCCAUCAACUCCUACUAGCGUACUAACCCCGUUGACCUCGCCGACCCCAUCGACCCCAUUGACGGCACCUGCACCCUCCACACUCUCCCGCCCCAAGCCCAAGGCGUACAGUCAUAGCAAUCCAGUCGCGAAUGCCUGUAGGGAAAGGGAUCAAGACAAAUGUGUUAUCACGAAAUGGGACCUUGACAAUCAGGUUGCGCACAUCUACCCUCACUCGCUGGGUAACGCCAUUGGCAAACGGGAGUGGGACAGCUUCUGGAACCCCCUUCGCAUUUUCUGGUCGCCAGCUCAAAUCGAUCAGUGGGAGAACGAAGUCCUCGGGAACAUGCGUACAGAAAUCCCACCUAAUCUACUAUGCCUUGCGCCGCAUGUAAAGACCCUCUGGGACAAGGCGAGAUUCGGCUUGAAGCCAAUAGGGCCAAAAGAAGACGGCCAUGCCCUCGAAGUCGAAUUCCAUUGGUUACCGAUGCAGAUGGACAGGAGAAUCUUUGUGCGGAUCGGCGAAGUACCUCCAAAAGCUCGUCCUAGCACCAUCAAGGCCAAGUUCCGGAACAUCGAGACCGACGAGGACAUCGAGUCGGGCGAUCGGUUACUUCUGAGAACUCCUGACCCCCAAAGGUGGCCUCUCCCGUCAAUGAAACUGUUGAGUAUGCGGUGGACAUUGGACCGGCUCUGUGCCUUGGCUGGCGCAGCUAAGGAGUAUGAUGAUGACGACCAGGAUCACGACGAUCCCAUGGUUGAACACGUAGGAUCUCUCUGGGAGGAAGAUGAAGAAGGGUGGAACUAUACCGAGGAAGAUUACACAUCGUAA